ACUGACUGGAAAUGUGUUAUUCGUUGCCAGGUGCUUGACGGCGAGGAUGCUAGACUUGCAAAUUACUUUGAUGUAAUUGCAGGAACGAGUACAGGAGGUCUAGUAACUGCCAUGUUAACCGCUCCUAACAAAGAUAACCGUCCGUUGUUUGCAGCUAAAGAUAUCAAACCCUUUUAUCUCGAGCACUCCUCUAGAAUUUUUCCACAAAAGAAAGGCUUAUUGGGAUUGUUCGAAAAACUAUUGAAAUCUAUAGUCGGACCGAAGUACGAUGGAGAGUACCUUCACAAAGUUAUCAGAGAGAAACUAGGCGACACUCGAUUGCAUGAGACAUUAACUAAUGUUGUCAUUCCAACAUUUGACAUUGAAAAUUUGCAACCUAUUGUUUUCUCCAAAUAUCAGGCCGUGAGGACGCCAUCGUUGAAUGUUCGACUCUCAGAUAUAUGCAUUGGCACAUCUGCAGCUCCAACUUAUCUUCCUGCAUAUUAUUUCAAGAACCAGAUUAAACAAGGUUAUGUACGAGAGUUCAACCUCGUAGACGGUGGUGUUGCUGCCAAUAAUCCGGUAAAAGACACACAUAUACAGAACAAUGUCAUUGAAUUUUACAUAAUAAAAUAACUGAGAUGAAUAUGUACAUACUUUGUUUCACCAUUUCAAUUUAUUAUGGAAAUCCAUUCCAUACUAGUCAUUUUCUUAA